UGCCUCACCACCCGGAUCAUUUAUUCAGUGAAAUCCAGAAAGCGAGUGUCUUCGCACGCACACAUUGACAUGGUUUGGCAAAAGCAGCACACACCUUCAUAAAUCCGGUUAACACGAUGAGUUUCUUCUCCCGAUCGAGUCCCCCAAGGUGACCUCGCCAUGUCUCUGGACGCCGAACGGCAAUUUUUGUGUCCCCGACUCAUAGACUACUUGGCUAUAGUCGGGGCACGUCCUAGCAAUAACGCCAGACAGAGCACCAGCCCCCCUAUCCAAGCCCCCGAACUUCUCCGUCGCUACCCCAUCCAGGACCACAAGGAUUUUCCCAUGCCUCUCGACAUGGUUUAUUUUUGUCAACCCGAAGGGUGUUCCUCUGUCGGCCCUCGACGGACGGCCCUUCGUGAAGCCUCUUCUUUUGUUUUCACUCUCACUGAUAAAGACUCCGGGAAGACUCGGUAUGGUAUUUGUGUCAACUUUUACCGCCCUGUGGAGAAGAUCUCGGGGGCGGUGGGGAUUGGAGGGCGACGGGCGAGUACGAAUUUGAGGAGGGAUUCCUGGAGGAAGAGUAUGGAGAAGAGUUCGGAUUCGGCGUUUUCGAGUGAUUAUAGGAGCAGUAAUGUGGGCCCCAGCGAUUCAGAAAGAGAUUGUCCGAGUCGCAGGGAUUCGGAAACGGCAGGAAACACGAUUUCAACCCCCAGACUUGGAGUCACAGCCCCGAGUAAUGAUUCCGAAAGCGGGGGAAGUCAUUCACCCUCGCCGAGGGCCAGUCGCAGGCGUCAAAAAGUUCGCAAUCAUUCCCUAACUUCCUUAUGCCUUCUCUCACACCAUCCGUUCUUCUCGAUGUUUCGGGAGUGUCUCUUCAUUUUGAAAAAGUUGAUAGAUGCGUGUAACGAGUCGUCUAAUCCUAGACGAGUUGGAGGGUCUAAACAGGUCGCGAGGGAUAGUGUGUGGAGCGUCCUCACCGGCCAAGCCAGCGAAGGUGCCUCCUCAAUUGUAUUACAUGAUGUAAAGGAAAUUGAAACGUGGAUCUUGAGAUUACUCUCGGCUCCUGUCCCAAUUCCCGGGAAAACCAAGGUUCAUGUUGAAGUUUUGUCGCCGAGUGUUUACGAACCGUUGAUAUUUGCAUUGCCGAGUCACACGAGAUUUAGCCUUGCUGAUUUCCCUUUACAUUUGCCUUUGGAACUGUUAGGAGUUGAAACGUGUCUAAAAGUUCUAACAAUAAUACUGUUGGAAAACAAAGUUAUUUUCCAAUCGAGAGAUUACAAUGCUCUUUGUAUGUCUGUGAUGGCCUUUGUAACUAUGAUUUAUCCUUUAGAGUACAUGUUUCCGGUGAUACCACUGUUACCGACUUGUAUGAGUUGCGCGGAACAGCUUUUAUUAGCGCCCACACCUUAUGUUAUCGGACUUCCAGCAAGUUUUCUUAUGUAUAAAAAGAAUUUCAAGCUACCAGACGACGUCUGGCUUGUAGAUUUAGAUUCAAACAAGUUGACCUCGGGUCAAGAUAUACCGCCAUUACCAGAACCUGAAGGCACAAUUCUCAAAAACCACCUCAAACAGGCUAUGCAACUUAUGGAUCAAGUUGGCACUGGAGCUUUGGGCAGCUUGUCAACUCCAAGUGCCUCAAGCAGCCAACUCCAACCCUCUCGAAGAGAAAGUAUCCCGGUACCAACACCCAACACUUUGAGUAUUUCUCGCCAAAAAUCCCCGGAAGCAAGUCCUACGCACUCCCCUAUUAUUUCUCCCAAACUUUCUAUCACCCCUCAAAGUCCUAUGCCUCCUCAAAGGUCACUCUCACCAACCCCCCCAAGCGGAUUCAACCCUUUUAUUUACGGCAACGAUGUUGAUUCGGUUGAUGUUGCGACGAGAGUAGCAAUGGUGCGGUUUUUCAACUCGCAUAACCUUCUCGCGAAUUUUUCCGAACAUACGAGGACCUUAAGGUUGUACCCAAGACCGGUUGUGGCCUUUCAAAUCAAUAGUUUUCUCCGGUCAAGGCCACGUACGACACAAUUUUUGAAUCGGUUUGCGAGGACACAAGCCGUUGAAUUUUUGGCAGAGUGGUCGUUAACACCGACCAAUGUGGCUUUCCAGAGGGUACAUACCGGAAUUUUGGACCCAACUCAAAUCGGAGACAAGCCAAAAUGGUACUUACACACACUAGAACCCAUUAAAUUUACCGUUUGGGACGACGGUAGUUCCCUAAAUGGGGCUUUGCGAAGCCUACAAAAUCAAGAAAACCAACCAACUGAUGAGAGUGGUUCAGAUUCAGAAGGAGCGGAAAGCACAAGCUCAAGUUACUCUUCACUUAGCGAUUUUGUAUCAGAAAUGGUUUCUUCUGAUUUAUCUCCUGGGUGUUCUUCCUACCAAGAACAGAGAAAAGCUUCGGCUCAAAACAUGUCAUUAUCGUCAAAUCUCGACGUUGAUACAGUCUACAGACCCCCCUCAGAGUUGCAAUAUCCUGAUGGUGAACCCCCUCCAGACCGAACCGAAUCCCCGCAAUCCUCCUCAAGCAGUGAAUCCGAUUUAAGCUCCCCUUCUUUUAACCGCGAUUCAGAACUAGAAUUUGGUCGCCAAAAAACAGAACAAGUCACCGAAAAAGAAACCGAAAGUUUUGAAAACGAAUCUGACUCCAACUCCACCACAACGCCGAAAACCAUAAUGAGCUCGAACACCAUCAAACCUGAAUCGCCCGGAAGCACCACCAGUGAAGAACGCCCUGGAACCCCCCGGAAAACCCGACGUUCCAUCACCCCAGUCCCUCCUGUAACCCCCAUUUUGCAGAAACAACCAAGCAUUGGGAAUGUCUUGGCUCGGACUUCGAGUUUUGGGUCUUCUGGGAGUGGCAGCCCAGCCCCUUCCUCGGCUGGUAGUACCAUUGGUGUGCAGAGACAGGGUUCCCAAGGGUCACUCUUUGAACAGUUUGCGUCACAAGCAAAAGAAUUAGUCCGCGAGACGACUCGUCAAAGUAGCCAAGACGGGCUUUUGGCUCAAAUGGAUAAAUUUAAGUUGCAAGCGAAAGAAAAAUUGUCGGAGGCGGAGGAAAGUCAUAUUUUUGCACCGUUUGAUAAGUUGACCACUCAUGCAAAGAAAGCAGCAGAAGAGGCGUCGAAAAGUGUGCAAGAAGCGGGCAAAAGUGCAUUUGAGGCCAGCAAAACGGCGACUGCUGUUAGCAAAAAUACUCUCGAAGACUUGACAUAUGUUGGAAAAUCGACUUUAGGCGAUUUGACUAAAAGUGCGAAAGAAGCGGUGACCAAAAAGGGAUUACUACGGGCGGAUUCUUUCAGUAAAACGGGACCAGAUUCGCGUCGAGACUCUACAAGUAGUUCAACUUCUCUUGUAGCAACUUCCAGUGUCAUUUCUGGUGCUAGUCGUGACUUUUUCUCAAAUAUUAGUUCAGAUUUGAACGGAAUUGCCGCUAGUACUACUAGCAUGUUUUCUGAUUUGUUUGGUGGAAAAAAAGAACAAGGCAAAGCUGGUGAGCAACAAAAAGCCAAAGACACCAAAAGUGGAAUGUUUGGACCAUUCCCUCGUGGUCCUAGAGGUCUAGCUGAGAAAAGUCCUCUUAUCAAACAUACACCUCGACGCCAGGAUGACAUUCAAAGGAAACAAUCAGUAGAUCGAUCUGCUACUAACAGUGAAAACCAGGCAUUUUUGAAAGAUGUUGUCAAUCAAGUUUUGGAGGGUGAGGGUGUGGGUUGGUUGAAACUAAACCGGUUGAAGAAAUUGAUGGAGGAUGAGUCGUACCGUAAUUUCGUGUUGAGUAAGUUGAACAAGACACUGGAUAAGAAAAUAGCUCCGGAUGAUCACAUUGACGAUGUUUGUGUGCCUAAACCGGUCUGGAAAGGCAUGUUGAAGGUUCUACAAGCCGUUGUUCACGGUCUUGAAGUGACUUACGGCAACUAUGGGCUAGGUGGCAUGGCCUCAGCCUUUCAGUUGCACGAAAUCGCCCAUACGCACUAUUGGACCAAAGAACUCAUCGAUAGUUCAACGGAUUUGACUCAAAGUUCAAGUCCCCGGUCUCCUCAAAGCCCCCGCUCCUCCCUUCAACUCGACUGGGACGCCUCCAGAAAGUCCUCGCAAGCGGAAGCACCCGAAGUGCGGUUGAUCCAAGGCGAAGAAUCGGAAGCCGAGAGUCAACAGUCAACCGCCGACAUGUUCAAAGACAUGCUCACGCAGAAGAAGAACAUGUUGUUGAGCAAACUAACCUCGUUUGAUUCUGAUGCCGAGGGGACUUUGCAAGGGUCCGGAGGUACGGUUUCGCCAUCCGGGGGGUCGAUCACCACGGGUCCUGCUUGUGGCUUAAACCGAGGAGGGGCACAGGCGUCCUUCAGGUCUACAGUGUCCGACACCGAAGUCGAAACCUUACAGUUCCCCAAACUACCGAAACAGAGGACUGCGAGUGUUUGGUCGAGUAAAUCCUCUUUGAGUACCGGGUUUAGGUACCAUGGGGGGCACAUGGUCAAUACGGCGGCGUCGCCGUCACCUGAUGCUAUUCGGACUUACCUUUUUGAAGGCUUGAUCGGGAAGGAUCGGUCCUCGCUUUGGGACCAGAUGCAGUUUUGGGAGGACGCCUUCCUGGAUGCGGUGUCGCAGGAACGGGACAUGAUCGGGAUGGAUCAGGGACCACGGGAGAUGAUGGAACGGUAUAAAGCGUUGAGUGAUACUGAGAGAAAACGGCUGGAACACGAAGAAGACAAGUUACUAGCCACCAUGUUGUAUAACUUGACUGCCAUUUUGGUCAUGUUGAAUUGUAACAAAGCGGAAGUUAAACGCAAGAUAAGGAGGUUAUUGGGGAAGAGUCACAUCGGAUUGGUUUAUAGUCAAGAAGUUAACUUGCUUCUAGACCAAAUCAACAAUUUGCACGGCAACGAUAUUGAUUUGAAGCCUCUGGGAUCUCGCUUGCUCCACCGCCAAAGCUUUACAGUUCAUCAAGGGGUGGAUGGUGGUGGAGAGCUACGUUUUAUGGAAGUUCGUGACGACGGCCUUGUCUUGCGCUCUGUCUCUGGAGUGAUAGUCGAGCGUUGGUGGUUUGAACGUCUCGUAAACAUGACUUACAGUCCGAAAAACAAAGUUUUGUGUUUGUGGCGUCGCAACGGCCAACAGACUCAACUCCACAAAUAUUACACAAAGAAGUGCAAGCAGCUGUAUUACUGCAUUAAGGAUGCGAUGGAGCGGGGAGGGGUCGCCGGAAGUGCUCCCGAGUUAGGUGGGGAGUUCCCGAUCCAGGAUAUGAGCACCGGGGAAGGGGGGUUAUUACAGGUUUGCAUGGAGGGGGUAGGAUUGCUCUUCGCUAACAGCAAGGACUUUGAGUUUUUCGUCAGGAUUGACCACAUCAGAAAGUGUUUCACGCAAAAGGGCGGCAUUUUCGUCAUCGAAGAGUUCAACCCCAAAACUCGGCAAGUAAUCCAGCGCAAGUACAAGUCUCCAAUGGCCGACCAAAUCUGCUACUCCGUUCUGUGCGUGUUCUCGUACGUGGCGGCAGGGGAGAAGCGUAAGGGGGCUAAACUACCUCUAGGGGGGGCCAGAGCUGAGCCUGAGACGCGUCUACAGCCUCCGAGCCCCGAACCCGGUUCGGUUACCCCAACUGGGGGGCCACCUUCGUAUCCACCGCCUGCUCUACCGCCAGGAGUACCGCCUCCGGCGCCGCCACCAGGUUUGAAGGGUUUCGCCGUACCAGCGCAAUUGCCGACGCGGCCGCCCCCCGUGCCCAGUCGGACUUUGCCUCCGCGACAACCCUCAACGCCGCAGCCGCCCCCCAGACCCAAGUGACGGCAUGGGAGGUACUCCCUCCCGUUCAUCUACGGCGGCGAGGCUUGCAUCUUGCCCCCGUGCCUCCCGUGGGGGUGACCAUAUCAACAUUCGGUGUUAGGUUAGGUUUUUAUGAUAUUGUAUAUUAUUUAUUAGACACACCAACAGUUUCCUAUUGUAUAGUGUAUAUUGGGUGAGGCAAUAAGAGGCUUAGCCUCUUAAAUUAAUAAAAUUCUGUGCCUACAUUCUAGCCAUCUUGUAUAAUUUUGUAUAUAGGGAUCGUUAAAUCCUAUUCCAGAUGUACCGACUUUAUUGAUUUUUUGGCAAGCAAUAUUAGAUUUGUUGUUGAACCCAAAAAUGCUGAUGCUUAUGUAAAAGACAUUUUACAUGUUGAAAUAAAUUCUAAAUGAGUU